UGUAGAAAGAUAGCACCAAUGACUUGGUGUGAUUAAUAGCAUAUUAAUAUUAACCUAGUUCUAUAUAUAUUUGUAUAUAUAUUGGGGGGUGGGGGUGGGGGUGGUAUGGCCAGUAGAACGUUCGCGUCAUCCGACGUGUCUGUGGCGUCCGACACAUUAUUCACGCGCUCAGUCAAAUUGCGGAUAAUAUUCCAGCAACGUCCGACUGCGAACGAGGCCUGAUGUUACUCUUUCCUCUAAUUAAUUGGCAAUAGGAUUCACAUUUCACACGCAGCGGGAACCACGUCGGACAGGGGCCUGAGCGUCCACAAAACAGGAGAACCCGGCGUCUCUUUCCUAUACAUAUGCUGACUGCUCGGCAACCUGAGGGCGUCGCAUAGGGACGGACUCACUCCAGCAUAUGCUUCCCUAAUCCCUUCUUCGCAGGACCCAUACACCAUGGCAGGGUGGGGUCUGUGCUGACUCGGCUUCCGCUAUCCAUCCAUCAGUGUCGGCAUCUGCAAGACGGAACUUCAAGUAGUAGUGCCGCAGCAGCGGCUCUUGCCUUCCUUCCUUCCUUCCUUCCUUCCUCCCUCCCUUGAUAAUAUUCUUAAUUACCUGUUUCUCUUCUUCUAUUCUGGGGGGCGCGUGUGGGGCCGUCGGGGGCUUGACAGCGACAGAUAUUUAGGAUAGAGCAGAAGGUACGUAGGUUUGCUCGGUUCCGUCCGUCUCAUCCUCCGCGCGGUUUUUGGUUUCUCCCUCCCCCGGUUGAGAAAAGUAGGUAGUUCUUAUACAGCGGCAGGGCAGGGCAGGCGCCAUAGCAGCAGCAGCAUCAUCACCAUAAGCAAGCUGUCCGUUUCUACUAAUCAGGCGAACCCGGAGCCGAAGGGGCGAUUGCGCGAGCGAUCCGGAUGGGUGAGACCCAUCCAUCCACUCUCCUCCUAAUAAUAGCACACGCCAACUACUCCAAUCUCCGAUCCUAGGGGGAUCCAUCCCGUCCUCCGCAGGAGGGGGUGAGUCUCGUAAGUAUCUUUACUAUUUUAGGCCAAUCAGGGAUUUUUCAUCCUUUUCGGUCGGCUGCUUAUAACCCGUCGUCCGUCGUCCGUCGUCCUUCGGGUCGCCGGGAGUUAGGCGCGCGUCCCGUCCCUAAUCGGCUAGGCUGGGCUGAGGUGGGCGUUGGAGGGGAGCCUUAAUUUAAUUACGAUGGAGGCCUUCCUCUGACCUCUGCUCCUUCCCGGGUCCCCGCGCGGCGCCGGGCUCCGAUCGAGAUCCUUAUCGUUGGGUUAGCUAGUAAUUAAUUGAUUGGUUCGUCUCGCUGUCGGCCUCCUCCUCUUUCCGCGGAAGAGCAACCAGCAAGAGAAGGCUGGGUGGGGUGCACCGGCCAUGAGGUGGUCCGAAAAACAGAAUUGAUGCGAGCUCGUGCAGAGUCGAUAAUGGGCGGCGAUCAGGGGAAGACAGCAACGGCGCAGAGGAAGCUUCUUCUCCGUGGUCCGACGGCACUCGCCCAACGGCAGCCGGAUGCCGCCUCUGCCUCAAAGCCACUGGGCCGGCGGCGGAUAGCGGAGAUGGCUGGGGAGACGGCAGCGGAGUGUGCGGCCAUCUGGUGCUGCUGUCCCUGCGGCCUCCUCAACCUCGUCGUCCUCGCCCUCGUCAAACUUCCCGCCGGGCUCGUCAUCCGCGCUCUGCGCCGCCAAAGGCGAGUGAUGAGGAAGCACAGCAGAGGAGGAGCCGCUGCCCUGAGGCUGCUGGGAGGGCCCAAAGGCAAAGGCAAAGGCAGAGGCAGAGGCUCAACUGGCGAAGGCGAAGGCAAAGUCGAAGGCUCAAUUGGCGACGACGAGGUGGCGGUCGGCGAUCUUCGCAUCCACGCGUCCGCCGGGUCCCUCCUCCUCGCCUACGCCUCCGACGCCCUGCCGGCCAAAUCGCUGUCGCCGGAGGAGGUAUCCCAGUUGGAGAAGGAGAUGUGGGCCCAGUUCUACAGUGCUGGCUUCUGGCGGAGCCUUUCCCAAAGGGAGUACUAGUAUUUUCACUCCGUGCUCCUUGUCGCCGUCUCAUCCGUCUUCUCCUCCUCCUGUGUUCCUUCCCCCCACGGCUGUAAACAAGCGAGAGAAAAAAAAAGAAAAAAAAGAAAAACCGGCCGGAGAACGUGGGACCCGCCGUACGGUCAGUAGGAGCGUCCACCUUAAUUUGAUUGCAAGCGGAUCGAGCGCUCGAGGCUGGGCCCACUGCGUUUGGAUAUAUUAAUUAACAAAAUAAAUUAAAAAACAAAAAAAAAGAAAAGAAAACGAAAGCGAGUAAAGGUUUCAACCUCACAGUUUUCUGCCUUUGCAAUUGUGCAACGCUAUUCUGUUGCUAUUUCCAUACAUACCAGCAUUUGUGUGCUUGUCGAUCGACGUGUUCCUUCUCCACUUGGAAGGAACCUGCGGGGUCUCAUCCAGUUUACCAUAUUUGUUUGAUGCCUGCCAGCCACCGUUCAUUUACGUGUUAGGCACUUUUUCUGCGAGGACUCGACAUUCAAGGAUGGAGGACUAUACUAUUAUCUUCUUGCACUCAUAACCUUUUUUCUUUUUUUCUUUUUUUUUUUUUACACUCAUAAUUUUUCAAAAUUUGCUCAACAAUAACCUUUCAAAAUUUGCUCAAUAAUAUUUUUCAGCAACAGACAUUAAGCUUU